AUGAAGAACAGGCGUUUCUCUUCUUCUUGAUCGAAACCCUGGCUUUGACUCGGGAGAUUUUCUGUUCUUGGCUGCAUCUGUGAAGGCGAGGGAGGCUCGGCGAAAGGCUAUCGAAGAGAUGGACGAACAGAAGAAAGCUGCGUUCGAAGGCAUGAAGUUUUACAAGUUUUACCCUGUACAGACCCCAACUACUCCGGACAUCAGCCAAGUGAAGGUGAAAGCCCUCCCUCCCUCCCUCUUCGGUUUCAUCUAGACGCUUCUUGACGACUAUUUUCUCUAUGGUUUUGUCGUGCAGUCGCCAUUCAUUAAUAGGUACUAUGGAAGGGCUCACGUGGUGCUGUGAUCUCCAUUCCCUCCCCAUCUUUCCUGGCUCCCGCCCGCUAUGGCCUUUGCUUCUGCUGCUUCGUUGACCAGAAGCAUCAAAUUUUGGCGCUUGUCACAGAGAGAGAGAGAGAGAGAGAGAGAGAGAGAGAGAGAGAAAUCUUUUCUCACAAGCGCCUCCCCUGGUGGGUUUUCUCUGUUGUAUCUGUAGUGGUACUCGGCUGCUUCCAGUGCGCUGAGUGUCAUGAUGCUCGUUGA